UGGAUCUGUGUAGGAUCAGGGACCCCAUCCUGUAGCUGUGCCACGCAGCAUGCGGCGUUAUAUUAAACUCCGGGGCCCCGCGCGCAUUCACACCAUUUGCUUCUCCCAUCCCUCGACGCGCUAUCGACCAGCGCAUUCUGCUCUUCCUCCUGAACGCGAUCAGACCUAGGAUCACGGUCGGUGCGGGCGCAACGCGGCAGGACGCGACAAAAACAGUAAGAUGUUAGAGGACGUGCAGGGCAUGGUGCGGUUGGGACUGCUACUGCUCGCAGUGGUUGUCCUCCGCAAAUUCAUCGACUGGCGGCGCGCCGCCGCAUCUGUUAACAACCUUCCCGGGUUCCGCACGCUCUUCAGCGACCGCUUCGUCUGGUUCCCGUUCCGCGUCGACGGCAUCUCGCCCGGACUGCAAUCGGAGGUCAAUCUCUACCGCAAAUACAAGGACUUCGAGGAGGCGGGGUGGGACAUCAUGGCAGGGGUGAGCGUGCUGCCUUCCGCGGAAGUCACGGUCUUCCUCGCCGACCCUGUCGUCGUCAAGGACGUCAUUGGCGCGCGCGCACGCUUCCCGAAGCCCAUGGGGCCAUACAAGAUCCUGCUCGCCUUCGGGCCCAAUCUGGUCGCUUCGGAGGGCGAGGAAUGGAAGCGGCAACGCAAGCUCGUCGCGCCGGCGUUCUCAGAGAAGAACAACAAGCUCGUGUGGGACGAGACCGUGCGGAUCAUGGAGGACCUGUUCGACAACGUCUGGGGCUCCAAGGACACGGUCGAGAUCGACAACAUCACCGACCUGACUGUUCCGAUCACGCUUCUCGUGAUUGGCGUUGCAGGUUUCGGGCGGCGGAUCUCAUGGAAGGACGAAGCGGUUGCCCCCGACGGACACCAGAUGACGUUCAAGCAAGCACUCCACAUCGUCUCCCGGAACCUCUUCCUGCAGCUCAUGUUCCCAAGGUGGCUCCUUCGCUGGGGCUUGCCCGUCAUGAGGAACUUCUACACGGCUUCCAAUGAACUGCAGUUUUAUAUGCAGGAGAUGAUCGUCGCCCGUCGGACGGCGGAGGUCAAGGAGGAGCGGCAUGACCUCUUCAGCAGUCUACUCGACGCCAACGAGGGGUUGGCAGAGAGCGGGGAGAAGCUGACCGAUGACGGGCUGCUGGGUAACGUGUUCAUAUUCAUGGUGGCUGGCUACGAGACAAGCGCACAUACGCUCGCGUACUGCUUCAUCCUCCUGGCCUUGUAUCAGGAGGAACAGGAGAAGUUCUACCAAAGCAUCAAGCAGGUCCUCAGCGACGGCCACACUCCGACCUACGAAGAGUUCUCCACGCUCUCAUAUUCGAUGGCCGUAUUCAACGAGACCCUCCGGCUAUUCCCUCCCGUGAUCACCAUCCCGAAACAGAGCGCCGAGGACACCUCGUUCACCACGACCAACGCAGCCGGCGAGAAGCGCACCAUCCCCGUCCCCAAAGGGACAUACGUGACCGUGCACACCCCCGGGCUCCACAACAACCCGAAGUACUGGGAAGACCCCGACGCCUUCAAGCCCGCGCGCUUCCUCAAGGACUACCCGCGCGACUGCUUCCUCCCCUUUUCCGGCGGCCCGCGCGGCUGCAUCGGCCGCGGGUUCUCCGAGACAGAGUCCAUCGCCGUGCUCACGCUGCUCAUCGCGCGCUACCGCGUCGAGGUCCGCCCCGAGCCCCAGUUCGCAGGGGAGACGUUCGCGCAGACGAAGGCGCGGCUGCUCAAGAGCAAGCUGAGCGUGACGCUGUACCCGCAGCGCGCGCCGCUGGUGUUCAAGCGGAGGUAACGCCUCGCCUUUGGGGACGUCGGACGCGGACGUUGUCCGCUGCCUUCACGCGCGUACCGAAUGCACCCGCCCACCCCAUUGCACGACCGUCACGUCACAUACACUAUACGACACGACGCUCCACACACCGACGCUCUCAGACGACGUCGAUGGACUUGGUCAUUCUGCUGCCUACGUUCCCAGCUAGUUGUUCCCCGCCCCCGGGCUUGCUCUGCCCACCCUCUACAGCAGCUUCGCUAUACACCUCAUGCGCAUGAUCCCUCCAGCGUAUUCUCAGACGCG